AUGGCCACAGUCGCACACCACAUCCUCUCAACCUACAACCCAGAAGAAGACCGCGAACGGCUCGAAGUAGAGACAGGACAAUACGAUGUAGAAGCUCACGACCAAGCAGAUCCAUGGCUUACUGAGAAACCCUUUGGUUCGAGCAAGCGUGUUACGCAUCCACCAAUGUUCGUCGCCGCUACUAUAGACUAUAACGAGUGGGGUUCUUCGAGUUCACUACUAGACGAGAAGGCUAGACAUGCUGGAGGACGGCGAGAAGAAGGGAUAGAGAGUAUUGGUGGAUGGUACAAGUCACUUGCGAGGAAGACUCCGAUUGGGACAUCGAGGAGUGUUACUCCUACGAAUCAGAGUCCAACACCCCCACUUGCCCGCGACGCUCGAGAGAAAGAGAGGAAACUCAUCAAGAGGGAUCGAAACAACUGGUUCAUUUCACGUGCCUUGGAAGCAUCCAGCAGCAGCACCAACAACCACCCAGGCAGUUCAUCCUCGCAAUCUCCUACCGGGUCGGGAACAACCUCACCUAGAGCACCAACGCCAACACUCGCAGACAUCCUAGCUCGAGAUCCACCUCCCUUACCAACAGAACAAAAAUACACCCCACCGGUUUGGAUUGCGAUCGGUCCGAGUAAUAAAGGCUUUGAGAUGUUACAGAAGAGCGGGUGGGAAGAGGGUGAGGCGCUUGGACGGGCCUCGAGGAAUCGGGCUGGACUUGGAUACUCUGUGAAGGGAAAGGAGAGGGAAGUUGGAAGAAAUGGGGGUGUUGAUGACGAUGGCGAAGUUGAGGAGGUUAAAGCGGUGAAGCAGGAAGUAGUGGACGCCACUGUCGACGAAAACGAGAUCAUCGACCUAACUGGAUUAGACGACGAGAGUCCCGAGCUGGGCGAUACCUUCACUAACCGAUCCGUGCAGUCCAUACGCACAGCAACCUUAUCAAUAUCCAAUAACGACAUAGACCACUCCCCACACGCCCUCCUAACUCCCCUCCCAACCAUCCUCAAAUCCGACAAACUCGGAAUAGGGCUUAAAGCAAAGACCAUCGGCACAGGUAUCCAUCGCGAACCUGUCAAGCGCGUGACGCACAGCCAAGCUGCACUCGCAGCACAUAUACGUGCAAGUGAGGAGCAAAGAAGGGUGAAGAAGCUUAUGGGGAGAGGGAGGAGGGGGUUUGAACGUGUUAGGAAGAGGGAGGAGGAUGGGAGGAAGAGGUUACUUGCGUAUUUGAAUACGUGAGGGACAUGAGGAUAUGAGGUGUGAUAGGGUGGACUAUUUCCUAGUCUAAUGUGUACCAGGACUGCGCUGAUUCGAAAUGGUUAUCUUGAUAGAUUGUAUCUGUACCUUGUGU